AGCGUGCUCAAGUCUAGCGAGUUGCCCAAGAACCCGCUGCGAGCUGUGUGCAAAUCCGAGCGUGUCUCGCCCGACGACAAGAAACCCGACACUCAACGAUCAAUAUCCGUGAACUCCGUGUUGGGGAUGGGGCCGCCGGAGGCCAUGUCAGCCGCCAUGGCGGCGGCCGCGGCAGCCCGCCUGUUCCCGUUCGCACCUGCCCCCCUGGCCCUGCCGCCGUUUGGUCUCAGCGAAGAGAUGCUGCACAACUGGAGGCGGCUGUUGGAGCGGGCCCAGGACGCGGAUGGCGCCCAGCAACCCCCGCGUGGCGCCACUCCCUUCAGAAUGGCCAACGGGGACGACGACAGGUUCUCGCCGGACCCGCCUGCCGUGGGCAUCCCCAAGGGCGACCCCAUGGAGGCCAGGCUGCAGGACAUCCUCAGGGCCAACAUGGAGAAGUACCAGGACCACAACUUGGACACCAUGUUCAUCUCACGCCGCGUGAGGGAGCUGCUGUCGAUCCACAACGUGGGCCAACGCUUGUUUGCCAAAUACGUCCUCGGGUUGUCCCAAGGGACAGUUUCCGAACUCCUGUCGAAACCCAAGCCCUGGGACAAGCUCACCGAGAAGGGCCGGGACUCGUAUCGCAAGAUGCACGCCUGGGCCUUUGACGACAACGCCGUCUACUUCCUCAAAAGCCUGGUUCCCAAGAAAGGCAAGGAGUCGACGUCGUCGCCGUUCAAGGUGGACGAGGCCGGGGCGGAGGAGCGGAUCGCGCACAUUUUGAGCGAGGCGUCCCACGCCAUCAAGGCCCACCAGGGCGACAAUCUCAGCGAAUCCAGCGGAUCUCCCACCAGCACUCAGGAGAAGGUGGCCAGAAUUUACCAGGAGCAGUUGUCAAAGCUGUCUGGUUCUGGAGGCAGAAUGGAUGAUGAAAAAUCUGUCUCAAUGGAUCUCCAUGACCGGUUGGCCACUGCCAAUCCGGGGCUGUUCAUGAACCGUUCACAAGAAGAGAUCCAGAUGGCGCUGGCUAUUUACCAGCAAGAGUUGUCUAAGCUUACAGCUGCUCAGAAGGAGUUUGAGCAGAAGUUGGCUCACAAGGAUCUGGCCACCCCCGGGGUUCAGGAUUUGUCAAUGCCCAAAAUCAAAGCCGAGCUUGUCAACGGUGAUGACACUGACGAGUUUGACAAGCACGACGAGCCUAGGAUGCCCAGCGCCUUUUCCCUCGUCAGACCCAAGUCUGAGUCAGGUGGUUCAUCAAAUAGUACACCACCUCCAGGCCCGUUAGGAGCCCUGAGGGUGAGCCCAAAUGCUGCACGCCCGCCCUCUAGCGGCAGUGCAGACGAGGCUUCAGCUUCCCCUCUGCAAAGGAUGCAGAGCAUCACCAAUGCCCUGAUCUCUGCCCAGCAAACUGGGCCGGCUACUCUUCCAGUCAUGACCAUGCCCUCUUCCAGGCCACUGAAAGCAGUGCUGCCACCUAUAACCCAAUACCAGUUCGACCACUACCAGCAGCUCAACACUGAGGAGAUUGUCCGGAAGGUGAAGGAGCAGCUGAGCCAGUACUCCAUCAGCCAGAGGCUAUUCGGCGAAAGCGUCUUGGGGCUGUCUCAGGGCAGUGUCAGCGAUUUGCUGGCCAGACCCAAGCCCUGGCACAUGCUCACCCAGAAAGGCAGGGAACCCUUCAUCCGAAUGAAGAUCUUCCUGGAGGACGACAACGCCGUCCACAAGCUGGUGGCGUCCCAGUACAAGAUCGCCCCCGAGAAGCUCAUGCGAACCGGCGGCUACGGCGUCUCGGCUCCUCUUCCAUUUGUAAAGCAGCCGUUGCCAGUCAAAGACGACUUCCCGAUUCUUCUUCUUGGCGCAGUCUCAGAUAUGCUAGUGACAGGGCGCCCAAUGCAGGGCAAGGUGCCGAGCCCUGUGGGCAAGAUGAAGGCGGACAUGAUGCACCCACCGCCGCCCGGCUCGGGGCGCUCCACACCUGCUGCCACGGGGCUGUUGGCAUUCCCUGCAGCCGGGUUCCCGACACCCGCACCCACGCCUGCCAUCUUGGAUUCUCUGAAAAAGGCUGCUUCCGCACCUUACAAGGGCUACGUCCCGUCCCAGCACAAUGUGUACGAAAUGGCUGCCCUCACUCAGGACCUGGACACCCAGGUCAUCACCACCAAAAUCAAGGAGACUCUCCUCACCAACAACAUCGGACAAAAGAUCUUUGGAGAAGCUGUGCUGGGAUUGUCCCAGGGUUCAGUGAGUGAGCUGUUGUCAAAACCCAAGCCAUGGCACAUGCUGAGCAUCAAAGGCAGGGAACCCUUCAUCAGAAUGCAGCUGUGGCUGAAUGACCCUGCCAACGUGGACAAGCUCCAGCAGCUGAAAAACGAACGCAGGGAAGCCAACAAGAGGCGCAGACAGGACACUACUCCCGGUUUGCCUCAAGCAGCAGCUGACAGCGGGGACUCCAACGACUACUACUCCAUGACCCCGAGCCCCAAUUCUACCGGGGGUGGAAGUACCGGGAGUUCCUCAGCCAAGAAGCAGAGGGUGUUGUUCUCUGAUGAGCAGAAAGAGGCCCUGAGACUGGCUUUCCAAAUGGACCCCUAUCCUAAUGUGUCAGCCAUUGAGUUCCUAGCCCAGGAACUGAACCUGACCCCGAGGACCAUCACCAAUUGGUUCCACAAUCACAGGAUGAGACUCAAGCAGCUGGUGCCGCACCAGGGUAGUGGCAGCAGCGGCGAGAACCUGCCGACCAGAGAAGGGUCUGGCCAACCCUUCGAUCCCAUGCAGUUCCGGUUGGCACUCCGGCAGCGGCUGGUGGAGAUGCACCAGGACCGAGGACCACAGCUUCGCAUGCCCAACUUCCCGCUCCCGCCGCCGUUUUCCCCGUUGCCGUAUCCGUUCUUCAAUUCGGCGGCUGCCGCUGCAGCGGCUGCGGCGGCUGCUGCUGCGGCGGCGGCGGCUUCCUCCGGACAUCCACUCGAUGGGUCAGGGUUGGACCUGCGAGUGCCAGGGGCGCCGGAGCAGCCCUGGGGCUCCCCGGGCGGCAGCGAAGACGACUCGGAAACCACGGCGACGCGGGCGUCCACAGCGGCGCCCCUGAACCUCAAGCGGGAGCGGUUCGACUCUUCCUCCGACUGCGACACCGGGUCUCCGGCGUCCACCUUCUCCGAGGACCCGAAGCCCGCAGCGUCCGGGUCGUCCCGCACUGUCUUGUGCUUUUUUAGGCCAUGUUCUGGGCGCUGUAAGAGAUCUGAUUGCCUGGUGCUUGCCUCGUGUUAUCAAAUUGUUAGACCCCUGAGCAGCCUGCCAAACUUGCCAUGGUUCUCGGAAGACAUUGUUGCUCAGGUUUGGUCCAAACUGGUCUCCUUUUGUUGGCUCCUUGGACUGCUCCUGAUGUUGUCCUCAUCGGCUGAAGGAAUGCGAGGGUUUGUUUAUCGUGACUUCAACGUUUUUAAUGUUGCGCAAAAGGAAUUCUUAGAAAAAUGA